AUGGAGUUCAUCUUGGAGAUUGCUCAUAGGGACCAUGUCACUAUCACCAUCCUUAGUGUCUAUGACACGAUUAAAAAUGUGAUCUACACAACUCCACCCACAAGAGUAUCCCUUCACAUGCACCCUUUACCUUAUGCUGCCUCUCUGCAGUGGCGGAUCUUCUUGGGAGCUGAGGGAGGGCGUGACCCCCCAAAGUUUUAUAACUCUCAUGUCAUGGGCUAUG